ACUAUUGAUGGUGCGACAGCCCACAACAGCGACCGCGACUGCCCUCGCUGGCUUGCAGUGCCGCCGCGCCGCCGCGGCCGAUCGCACCGCUCCUCUCCCGCGGCUAUCUCGCAAAUCUUUCGAUAAUUCGAAACCCUGUGUCAAUCGCAUGGUCCGCUGCUCUUAGCCUCGCCUAUUCGUUGCUCUGCUGAAUAUCGAGAGCAUUGUUGAUAGUGUUGUGAAAAAUAUCUGUCUAAUUUUAACGCAGAUAUUUCCUCAGUGUAGAAUGCGCCCUUGGAGGGAUUCUUUUGAAAAUUGUACCCGUGCCGGAAUAAUAGUGUGAAAAUAUUUAAUAUUUUUAAACUCAAUAAGUGGUGUUUAAAGAAAGCGACGUGAAUAAACAAUGUUGGAUGGACGCGGAAUCACAAGUUCACUUCAUUUAAAUGUUUACCGAAACACUUUUCUUAUCUGCAGACAUAUAUAAUUAAUUUCGUUUAUACUUUUAGCUUUAAAAUUACCAAUUGUUUGAUUUUUUUUCAAUUAAAGAAAAUGUUAGCUGAUGAUUAAAAGAACAAAUGAAAAUGGAUUGUUCAACAUUAUCAAACUUAAAAAUAUCGAUUGUAAGAUAGCAGUACGACGUUCACUGUAAAUAAAUAAUGACCUAAUUGUACCUUACGUCUUAGCUAUUUCCGUUACUCAAUGAUGAUACAUAACAGUUUUUGGAUUUUGGCUUCAGUCUCUGCGUAGCCGGGAAAGCAAACACAGAAUUUCAUUAAAAUUCUAAGAGAAAUUUCAAGUAAACGCGCGCCAUUGAAGAUUUCUAAAAGGGUCUCCUUUCGCUAUUGCAAUACUUUGCACUACUCAUUUUUUUAUUAAAUUUUACACCAAAGGAAAUACUUUAAGUCCAGUAAUUUUGGUAUAAUUAUUUACAAUGAAAAUUUUGUAAGUGAAAUGAUAUUCGUUAAAAUGCCACAUUACGACGAAAGUUUCAUUCACGAUGACAAUUUAAAUCAAAGGCGCAAUAAGCGAAGCUAUCGAGUUUAUAAAAAUGGAAUCAAUCCCUGUAUUUACCCUGAAUCACAUGAUUUGCAUUCUUCUGAAAUAAGAGCUGAUAUUGCUAUGAAGCAUGGAAGAAAUGUGAAAUUUCGAACGAACCGCUAUAAACUGGAAAGAUCUCCGUUACAAGAGGGAAAUUAUAUAAAAUAUAAUAAAACACCAGACAUACUGAUCCACUGUCCAAGAGUGAGUGUUUUUGACCCCAGUAAAUUGUACGACAUUAGAAAUAAUAAUGUUGUUACAUUAACACCUUGUAAAAGCUUUGACAACUUGACAUUGAAACAGUCGAAAAAAGACAAUCCAAUAAAAGAAACAAUAAGAAAUGGAAUAAGCUUACAAAAUUUGUCUCGCGAUGACAGCCUCAAACAUUAUGUGUCACCUGCCCAAGAACGAUGUGCACCACGUAAAGUAGACGUUAGAAAUUCAUAUUCAAUAGAAGAAGCGCGCCGUAGGCCGGUACACCGAAGGUUCUCUCGAAGUACGGCUGUACCUGGUGUUGGUAUUUACAGAAAAAUUAGUGGAGAUUCCGACAAAAAUGGUAAUGGUUUGAUUUUUAUUUAUUGGUAUAUUAUGUUUCUUGCCAAUACCGGAAGUUUAUUUUUAUAAUAUAUUUAGAUUGAAACUUACUUCAUGCUGCCAUUAAAUUUAGUUUUAUAGUUUGCUAAGGUCAUGCGUUAAUUACUAUAUUUAUAUCCUCACGCGUAUCAAAUUUUAAUUAUCACGCGAAAUAAGACGGAAGGUCAUGUUAG